AUGAGGCUGGUCUCGCGGCUGGGCAGAGCCCUGAGAGCCUGGAGGAGCCGGUGCAAGAAGCGGGUUCUGUCACCGGGGACCAAGCGCAGGCCAGAGGAUCCAAACAAGGCCCAGGAGUUCGCCCGCAGCCUCGGUGGCCUCACCCUGGGCCUGGCUCUGGCCAGCAUUUAUGGGGCUCUGGUGCUGCUGGUGCAGGGCCACAAUGUCUGGUACUGCCUGAGCAUUACCAUCACCCUGGGAGCGGGGCUGGGGCUGGGCAUGGCCUUCUCCACCAAGAUACGGAGGAUUGUGCUGCUGGCACUGCCACACUUCUUCACCAAGGAGGGGAAGAUGAUGAUCAUGAUGCUGGUGCUGUGCCUGACCAUGCAAGGCCCCGGCACCAAUCUCCUGCACAACAUCUCCCAGGUCGCCAAGGCGCUGUCAUGUGGGGCUGAACUGGCCCAAAACCAGACGGCCGAGCGGCUGCAACGCGCCAAGGAGCCGCUGCUGAAUGUGCAGAAGAAGAUCAAGGAGCUUGGCCAGAACGCCAAGGUGGUGGGUGACCGAGUCCGUAAGUUUGUCCGCUCCAUCAUAGACUCCACCAGACACGUUGCCCGAGCCCUGCGCAACGUCUGGCUGUGGCUGGCGAGGGCUGGUAACAUCUGUAACCGUGAGCUGGGGUCACCCCAGAGCAGCUGCUUUCGCUACAUGGACAAAGCCAAGGACAGAUGUGAGCGUGCCCUCCCCCUCUUCUUCCACGUCUGCUAUGUUGUCCACAGCUUCAAGGUCCUCUGCCACGUAACCGGUGCUCUUGCUGCCAUGUUCUGCUCCAUCCCUCAGUACAUCCAGAAAUUCAUCCGGAUCAGUGUCACAGCUCCCCUCACGGAUGCCCUGAACCGUGUCCGUGCUGAGUUUGAGUUCAACAUCUCGGUUGUGCACCACUUCAGUGUCAACCUCAACGCCAGCAAGAGCCUGGGGGAGGUGUCUGCCGACAUGAUGGAGGCUGUGCAGCAGCACAUGGAGCCCUAUUACCAUGUCCUGGAGCUCUUCUCCUACAUCUCCAUCUUGGCCAUCCUCUACUUGUGCUACCAAGCGAUGCGGUACCAGCGCCGCUACCUGCGGGACGACACCUUUGACAACAUUUACAUCACGCGGCGCUUUGUGGAGCUGGACCUGCGGUGCGCAGAGGAGGGCAGACCCACCGUGCUGCCCCUGUCGGCGUGGGAGAGGGGCCGCUACAUCCCCCCAGGUGCGCUGUGGUUGUCAAAGAGGGAGCGACGCCAGUACGGGCUGCAGCUGUUUGGGUUCCUGCGGCACGUGCUGCUGGGGCUCAGCAUCAUCCUGGCUGACUACAGCAUCUUCUGGCUGCUUGACCUGUUCCGGCACCAGCUGAGCGCGGAGAUCAUCGCCAGGGCACCAUCGACGAUGAACAUCAGUGUCAAUGGGACGGGCUACACCAGUGAGAUCUUCCAGGAUCUGGUGUCUGCCUUCAACACGCUGCAGGAGGGCAAAGUCUCAGUGCUGUCCCAGGUCUGCCUCAUCGAGCCUGUGGAGCCCAACCACAGCACCUACAUCACCAUAGGAAUCCUGUACGGUGUCUGGCUCUUCAUCUGCAUCUUCGGUUCCUACAUGGCGCGCCUGCGCCGGGCAGUGUGUGCCGCCUACUUCCCAUCCCGUGAGCAGGAGCGCGUGGCCUUCCUCCACAAUAUCAUCCGGGCACGGCGGGAAUGGCUGAUAUUUGCCCUGCGCCAAGCUGGCACCCAGAACUUGGCUGACACUGGGAAAAGCAGGUUCUUCCUCAUCCUCAUCUCCAGGUUCCCUCUCCUUGUCCGCCUCGCUCGUUGCUUGGGCAUCCAGCACAAACACUGCCUGGUCUGUGGGACUGCAGAGCAGCCGGGUCUCAGCGCCUGCAUCACGCCUGGCUGCAAAGGGUUGUAUUGCAGCGAGUGCUACAGAGCCCUGAACAACACCUGCUCUGUCUGCAUGGCCCCCCUGAGCUACCCGGACUCUGGGGAUGAGGAGAUGGACUCCAGUGAUGAGGAGACACCAGAGCUGUGGCUGGGUGCUGUGCGGGCGCUGCGGGGCCAGGAGCGAGGGCGGCAGCUGCUGCAGCGCAUCAAGGACAUGAUAAAGGGCCAGAGACUCCCCUCCAGAACGGCCACCCUGCUGCAGGACCAGCUGGAGGAGGAGGAGAGCGAGGGGAUGCUCUCCAGGUGA